AUGGGCUCAGUACGACAGAUCAUUGCCGCUGUGCUUGCACUCGUGACUGCUGCUUUAGCUGCAACAGUCUGCAAUGGCAAAGAGGAAUAUUGCAACCGCAAAUACAGCAAUAUCACUCAGGUCGGUGCCCACGACAGUGCCUUCGUUGGCAUUCUUCCUAGCCAAAAUCAGUUCAUCCCGGUCAAGGAUCAGUUGAACUUGGGAGUGCGGUUCUUGCAAACCCAGUCACAUGACAAGGACGGGACUGUCGAGAUGUGCCAUACGAACUGUGAUCUGCUAGAUCAGGGCAGCUUCGAGUCGUACUUAAAGCCUAUCAAGACGUGGCUAGACAACAACCAGAACGAUGUCGUCACACUAUUAGUAGUUAACUAUGAUGACCUGCCGGCAUCGAAAUUUGGUGAUGUCUUCAAGGCAGUCGGGCUGGACAAGUACGCCUUUGUGCCAAAUGGGAAGAUCGAGAUGGACGAGUGGCCAACCCUUCAAGAGAUGAUCACGGCCGGCACACGGUUGGUGGUUUUUCUGGAUGAUCAUGCCGAUACAAAUUCUGUGCCAUACAUUCUCCCGGAAUGGGACUAUUACUUCGAAACUCCAUUCGGCGUGACAGACAAGAACUUCCCAGACUGCAGCUUGGACAGGCCAGCGAACUCUUCACCAGACGGCAAGCUUAUGCUUGUGAACCACUUCCUGAACAUAAAAGUGUUUGGAAUCAAGAUUCCAGCUCCUUUUGAAUCUCCCAAGACGAAUUCAGUGUCAUCCAUUGUUGCGCAGGCAGACCUCUGUACUGCGAAAUGGGGCCGGGAACCGCAAGUUAUUUUGGUUCGUCUCUCUAUCCCUUCAAAGCCCUUGCAAUUAAACAAGGUCUUUCUGCUCGAUUUCGUGAAUAUGGGUGAUGCGAUGGGUGCUCAGACAGCUCUCAACAAUGUGAAUUAA